AUGUCUGAUUUCAUUGAUACCUCAACAAGUGCGGCGCACACGAGUAAAGGCGGUUCGAGUUCAUCGAAGGGACAUUUUGUGAUUGCUCAUAGCAGAAGGAGCGAUAAUGAAAACGCGACUACCGUAAUAGGUAAUCAAGAAACUAGCGAAGAGACUGAAAACGAAGAUGUGCUGAUGACAGUCUGCUGCAGGUCAGGGCGACUGGGCGCGGCUACCUACACGUUUCAGACUGGAGAGCUACAAAUCCUAGAAGAGAUCCAGGACCGUCCGCCGGAGCACGAGAUUUUCGCGUCCCUGUUCCACCAGGUGGACCCUCAGAUGCUGGUUCUGGACGGCAAGUCACCAGCCACCUUCUCCGCCGCCGUGCGCCAGACAGUGAUUAGCGGUGUAGGAGAAGAGGGGAAGUGCAAACUCAUCUUCAUAUCCGCUAAAGAAUACAACUUCGAAGCGUGCAAACGUCGCAUCUACUCCCUCUCCCUGGCCGGGGAGCCCCCCGCCUGCUCGGACGAUCAGCGCCUGGUGUACCUCCGUACCGUCCUGGACUUCUCGCAGACCACCACAGUCCACGCGCUGGGCGCUCUACUCCGGUACCUGGACCUCAACUGGUGUAACCUGAACUACGAUCUGCACGGGAAACCUGAGUUUCUGACGCUCAAGAGGAUUUCUUUAAACGACAUAGUCACGAUAGACGAGGACACGUACCGCGGUCUGCAGAUCUUCAACACCGUGUCCCAUCCCAGCGGGUUCAAGCGCGGGGUGCGAGGCAGCAAUAAGGAGGGGCUGAGCAUCUACCAACUGUUCAGCAAGUGCUCCUCCAAGGUCGGCCAGAGGAGGAUGCGGAUCUUCCUCCGUCACCCAACCUCCGACAUGGCGACGCUGCGUCGUCGUCAGGCAGCAGUGGAGGUGUUCUGUCGGCCGCACAGCGACGCACUCGUCCGCAACCUGACAGCCAGCCUGCGGUACAUCAAGAACGUUAAUGGUAUUUUAGCUAAAAUCAAGGCGUUGUCUGCUAAACCGUAUCAAUGGAAAUCUCUCUAUAAUACGCUGUACAACGCGGUGCUGAUCUGCGAGACCUGCGAGGGUCACAACAACGAGUACCUCGAUCAGAUCGCUUCCGUAGACACCAAUCAACUAUACGAGAUGGCGUUAUACAUGAACCGUGUGAUCGACUUCGACUUGUCCAAGUCUGAAGGGAAAUUCACAGUCAAGGCAGGCGUUGACCCGGAUCUUGACUUUAAGAAGCAAACUAUGGCGAGCCUCCAUGGCCUAAUGUCAGACACUGCGCGUGCGGAGCUGGACCGUCUACCGCUGUUCGUGCAGGAGUGCACCAUGCUGUACAUGCCGCACCUCGGGUACCUGCUGGGCGUGAAGGCCUGGGCUGAUAACUUGACUAUGGAGGACAAGCAGCUGCCCGAUAUGAGGUUCAUGUUCCAAAACGACGACUACAUACACUACAAAAGCAAAGGAUGUGAAGAGCUGGACGCGGUGAUCGGCGACACGUACCCCGAGAUCGUAGCGCACGAGACGCGCAUCAUGAUGCGGCUGACGACGGUCGUGCUGGCCGGCCUGUACGCGCUCGCCGACACCGUCGACCGCGCCGCCGAGCUCGACUGCCUCCUAGCCAUAUCCAAAGUAUGCAAAGAGCUGAACUUCGUCCGUCCAACACUCACGACGGACAAGGUUAUCGACGUGCGCGCGGGCAAGCACCCGCUGUACGUGACAGUGUGCGACACGUUCGUGCCGAACGACGUGCAGAGCAGCCAUGACGCGGGGUACGUGAAGAUCCUCACCGGACCCAACUCCAGCGGCAAGAGCGUGUAUUUGAAGCAGAUUGGUCUGAUAGUAUACCUGGCGCACAUCGGCAGCUUCGUGCCGGCGGAGCGCGCGACCAUCGGGCUGGUGUCGAGCAUACACUCGCGUAUACACGCGGCCGAGUGCGUCGCCGCGCACAUGUCCGCCUUCCUCGUGGAUCUAAGGCAGAUGUCGAUGGCUCUCCACGGCUCGGCCAGCAACUCUCUCAUCCUGGUGGACGAGUUCGGGAAGGGCACAUCCAGCACGGACGGCCUGUCUCUGCUCGCGGCCGCCCUCAACACGUUGCUGUUUCGGGAGGAGGCCUGUCCGCACGUGUUCCUGUCAACGCACUACCUCAACAUACAACAGUUCGUUGUCGAAACACCGAUAUUGAGGUUUUUGCGCUUCGGUCACGUGUGCGAGGGCGAGGGCGGAGCGCCCGUGUUCGUGUUCCGGCUGGAGGAAGGUGCCGCGACCGGGAGCUUCGCCCCCCACGUCGCCAGAGCCAGCGGCAUCGAGGACCACGUGGUAGAGAGAUCGGCGACCGUACUGGAUGCCAUUUUGAACAACAAACUCCCGGAGCCUAAUAAAAAAAUUAUCACAAAACUGAAGAAAGUGACCGAUAGAAUGAAACAGAGACUUGCAGAAGAUAAUAUUUAA